AGCAAUUUGGAUCUGGCAACUCUGUUAUGUGAUGGAGGAUGAGGCGAGGAUGAGGGCGGGUGCCGGGCCUGGUGACCGACCGCCGGCAGUCACCGUCUAGACCUAACACAAGGAGGGUGCUGCCGCGCCACGAAGAUGUCUCUUGAGAGGUUAGAGCUCGAUGUGGCACUGAAGCUGGUCUUUGUGCAGACCUCACUCGCCAAAGUGGAAGAAUACCGCCAACACCUCCAAGAAAAUGCCCAAAAAAUGCCUCGAAAAAAUCUCUUACCACUAACUCCACACCUCCCUAAUCACCGUCACAAGAGAGGGUACUCCUCGCCUUGGCGCAAGUCUCGACACCUGUCCAAUAUACAACCAUACAGCCGUCCUCGUCGGUGUCGACUGGCACCUCAGGUGAAGGAUGAAAUACAUGAAAUUGUGGAACGUCAGAUUGGUGCAUUAAGAGGAAGGGAACGGCAGUUAAUACGGCAGGUGGAGGUUGUCACAGCCCAUCAGACUUGCUUACUGGGAACUCAGCAAGCUGGGUUAAUGCAAGGUGAAGGAGUGCUCCUGGCUACUCGUGACCUCCUUCUGCGGUGUACUGAGGAUGACACUAGCACCUUUGCAAAGAUUAAGGUUGAUGAUAUGGAUUGCUUGAAUGACGUUGUACCUGUGGACUGUGUGUCAGUUCAGUUGGAUGAAGCUGCACUUAGCUCUGCAGUUUCAAAAUUUGGUCGUGUUCAGCUGCCAGAUACUAUCACCCACCACCCAUCUCCAGUAAUACCAGCAAAAGUUGAAGAGUACGAGGACGAUGAGCAUGAUGUGUUGCACAAGAGUGUUGCUGGUGCAGCAUCUGGACCAGACUCUCCUGUGCGAAUCACUGUUCAGUUUCCACGUUUAGCAAAUCAAAAUUGGCUUGCUCGGCAGAAAGAUCAAGAUUCAGGUGCAAUGCCAUCCUCCAAGAUUUCUAGUAUUGGAGCCGGGCCCAAGACUUGUGAUAUUACCUCUUGGCUGAGCGGCCUUCAACUUGCUGGUGCACAGGAGGAUGAUGUUGCCACCACACGUAGCACUGUUGGCAGCUUUGAUAUGUUGGCUAUGAACAGUCCUGGUCACUCCACGGAGAGUUCAAGCAUUGAAAUAGUUCCCAGCCGUUGUGAUACGGAAAAGGAUAUCUGCAGUACACCAGGCUCUGGAAUGUACGAGUUAGAGAACAUUCAUAUGCAUGUUGGUGACAAAUCUCGGUGGCUUAGUAACAAGAGCACUCAUUCUGAUGAUCAUCUUCUGCAACAUAUUAAUAUUGCAUCUGUGUGCAGAGCUAAUGAGACCUGUGGAUCUUUUAAUGAUUGUUUAUGUCAGAGUAAGUGUAAGGAAACUGCAGUGGAGAAGAUUCAGCAAUCUAUUAAUUACAGAAUGAAGACAGGUCGCAAGAGGACACGGUCAGAGUCAGAACGCACUGCCUGUAGUUCCGUACUUGCUUAUAUGACAAGCGUACUUGCUUCUGAAAAUGAUUUAUGGCUAUUACAGAAGCAAAGUGCCAACUCUGUUGUGCCAGUGCCUAUUAAGCGUGCUAUGUAUGAAGCUCCAGGGGGCAAUUGGCUUAGACUAGGGCAAAGUACACCAACCAACCAAACACCACGAAUUAAACUUGCCACUCAUUCCAAUAUUUGGCUUCUAAGAAAGUUCAAGAGUCAGAAAGAUAAAAUGUCAAAUGAAAAAGAUGAAAAGGAUAUAGAAAAUGGCAUGGAUGAAAAGGAAAGUAGAAUCACAACAGAAGCCUUGUCUGAAGCACUGAAGAAAGUAAGUAUUGACUCAAGCACUGAAGCUUGGGAUAGAAGCUCAACUUCAGGAAAUCCACCCACCACAGAUACAAGUAAGGUGAGUCAUACGCAAGAUGUGCAGUCGUGGCUGUUGUCGAAGAAACAAAGUAGCAAUCAACACAUAAGAGACAAUAAAAUGGAAGAGUCAGAAGUUUUUAAUAAAGCACAAUGGUUGAGUUGCUCUUCGGAUAGUAGUCCAGUUAAAAGAAAACUUGAAGCUCUGACUCCUCCACGGUUACCAGAGUCUGUACUGUCAGUGGCUCAGGCUGGAAUAAACAGCUGGUUAUUGAAAAGUUUUUAUUAAUGGUGCUCUCAGUUGUGGAAAAAAUUAUCAUAUGACAAAUAUAUAUUUUAUUUAAGUAACAGUGAUAAUAAGUUAUGACAGCUUCAGUAAUGUUAUCCAUACAGCACUGAAACUUUUCUUUUGUGUUUUCAUAAUAUGAACUGAUAUAUUCCUUAGUUUUUUCAUCGGAGUACAGUUUUGAUUUCAUGUGUUUAGUUGGAAUUUCUUAAUACUUGUAUGAUCUUUAUAAAUUCUUUUUUUACACUGCAUGCAGGUAUGGUAAACUUUUUGUCAAAAAGCUAAUUAUGGAUAUAUUGUGAGAGGUAUGAUGGAAAAACUAUCGUCAUAGGAAUAAUCAGUGUGUAAGGUAAAGUUUUUAGAGCUACUGCAGACUAAUUAUAAAUUUGCAGUGAGAUUAGUGCUACAUAUUCAUAUUUAUCAUAUAUAUAAAGGGUUAAAAUAUAUAAUUGGGUGUUAUAUAUAUACUUUGUUUAAAUUUGAUGAAAACUGUAAUUGAAGUUUGACAUUAAACAUAAUAUGCAUUUUGUGAUGUGAAGUUGUUGCUCAAAAUUUUUUACAUCAAUGCUUCGAUGUUAAAAGAUUGUUUUCUUGAAUAUUUUAAAUUUAUCUUCACAGAUAAAAACUGAAUUAAAUAUCGUCAGCCAUGCAAGAAUGUACCAAUUGCUUUGGUAGUUGCUGUAUAUUUUUGACAUUGCAGGAUAAGGUAAUUCAUUACAAAAAGUAUAUUUUGUAAAUUUUAGGUGAAAGCUUUAUUUGGGAAUCUCCAGAGAGGUACCUUGAUCUGGUCUACAGGCUCCUUGUGUCGAGUGGGGCGCAGAUGCCAAAGCCAAAUUUUAACACAUCUAUAUUAGUGUGUGUGUGCAGUAUUUACAUUAUUGCUGUCAAAACAAUAAAACAUUUGAAAAGUUA